GCCUGUGCGGUUGCCGGGAGGCCCGCCAUCCUCGAGCGCAUCACCCAAUGGGAAGGUGUGGUCAACACCCUGAAGGCAGCCAUUGCGGUUGCGACCUGGGACGACCCACAGGUGCUCUUGCGAGAGAUGGAAGGAUGCCGCCUACCCCUGGCGAAUAUCGUCGAGCCGAUGCUGGGUGGUGGCAAUGCUGAAGGGGCAUACGACACGCUCGCGGAGGUCUACAAGAACACGCCCGAUGGGUUUUUGGUAUUGUGCCCCUACCCGCCGGGAGGCGAGGUCGACCUGCUGAUCGUAUCAGACUCAUCACUUGCUCUGGUACCUGACCCCAACGCAGGGAAGGCUUCGUGUUUUUCCGGAGGCGAUCUUUUGAAGCCCUGGGGAGACAUCCGUGGCAUAUAUACCAAAAUGUUGUGGGGCAAAGGUUUGAACAAUAUGGUCCAGUAUAUCCCCGAGGCCAUCGAUGACAUCGAGUCCACCAAUCGUGCACAUGGUCGCCCGGUUUUGCCGGUGUUGGUCAUCGCCGUCGCUGAUUGCCACCUUGCCUACCUCAAGCUCAUCAGCGUCGACGAUCACUUGAGAACACUCCCAAGAAUCGACGAUCUCCAGGAGCAGAAGAACUACCCGAACCUCACCAUCCUCAAGGCCGCGUACCAGCUUGAAAUCGAUUCGAAUGUAUCCUCCCCAAAAGAUCUUCCUCAGCGACCCGAUCCUGAGAAGCUCAUGUUGGAUGCAGAUGUCGAGAUUUUCAACUGGGUGCUUCAAGCUGAGGAGAGCGCCACAGCCUCUGCCGACCGGGAGGUCGAGUCCUGGAUGCGAGACAUUCCUGAAGAGGACCAGGCAUUGGAACCCAUGCGCAAUGACAACGCUGAUUCGGACGAUGAGGCUGUCAAAGUUCAGGCCCUCACUAUGGAUGAUCGAAUUUUGGCGAGGCGAAAAGGCCUUUCAGAGGAGCACGGCCAAGAAUGGCAAGAUGCCACCUAUGCGGCCGAGGAUGAAGACGAGGACUUCAAAGGGUGGGACCUCAUCGAGGAUGACAAACGCCCGCCGGGAGUCGUGGCCAGUGACCCAGUACAUGAAGAGGAAAAGGAGCUGGACCUUGACGACCUCGAGACGGUGGCUUCGGUGGAGAUUGUCGAUGAAGAGGAGUUCCACGACGCUGAGGAGGGGCAGGCCGAGCCGAUCGAUGAUGAUGACGAUGAUGACAUGGCCGUGAUCGACAAGGUCUCUUCUAUGCAGGCCUCGAAGUCUGAUGCACGGGGGGACCCGGAGCCCAUGGAUGUUGAUGAUCAGGGCAACAAGAUGGUCCAGAGUACGGCAUCAGCGAAGACCUGGAAGACGGAGAUGGCCCAGAGCUCGUCAUCGGCAAAGACGUGGAAGACUGAGAUGGCUCAGAGCACCUCAUCUGCAAAGACAUGGCGAACGGACACAACUGCAGCUGCGUCGGCGGGAGCCACGCCUCCUGACCCGACUUCCAAGCUCAAGCCCAAGAAGAAGGCCAUGCCAAAGAGAUUGAAGGUUGUGGAUGAGGGACAUGUGCCAAGUGCUGAGCAGUUUGACACGUCGAAAUUUGCCUCAGCACAGGAUCUGGUUUGGAUUGAGCCGGACAACAUGGCAGGAGUCCCUGUGCGCAAGGUGGACUACGGAAGGCUUGGAUCAAUUUCCCAUGCUAUGUCCGACUACCUCCGUGGCCAUCGAAUGUUUCACAGGAGGCCAUCACCUGAGAUUCGGAGGACUGAUUUGUCAAUGGACUUCAAGGCAUUGGUGAGGCAUCUCCAAGGAGAUUUUGCGCACCUUCGAGAAGAAGAAGUUUUGAUGGUUGUGCGCAACUCUCCGAUGCGUCGCUUCAGAGUCCAGGUGAACGGCUUGUCGUCCGGAAAGCUCAGGUGGACGCCAGUGAGGAUCAGGGCCAUUCAGGGUCAUCGGGCCUUUCUCGUGGAGCAAGGGGGGAUGUCAAGCAUGAUCAAAACGAUGUUCACUUUUGAUGAGAACUUCGACCAGACCAAGAUUGACGACCCAUCGGUCCACCCCGCUUUCUCCGCGAUGCCGGAAGGCUCGCCUGCUUACCAGGAAGUCCUCAAGGAGGCCAAGGCCGAGUUUGAUCCGACGGAUGUUCUCAUGAGCCGCAUGGAGAUGUUGAUGGAAAAUGCCCAGUUGAACUUUGAAGGCAUCAAAGAGCGCAUUGAGUUUGGCAAGCUCCUCCCCUUUUCCAGGCGUGAAGACAUUGAGGUCGAAAAGAGCACUGCCACCCGGGAGGGUGAGCCGGCAUCAGGUUCUCAGCUGGUGUCCGGCUACACCGUUGGAAAGAUGGCCGCCAUGACAAGUACGGAUGCAUGUGGCUUCCAACGUCGUGGACGGAAUGGACCCGGUGGUGGAAAUUGGAGCCGAGGGCAAGGUCGACACGGAUUUGAGUUGCAAUUCAAGGACAUCUCCUACAACCAGAUCCAAGACACGCCUCAGGUGCGCUGUAGCCAUCCGAUCUGCGGAUAUCUGAUGAUGGAUGGGCAUUUGAAAUGCCCGCGCUGCUUCCGGCAGAUGGAACCCGUGACCGAUGCCAACAUCGCCACGGAAGUUGCCCGCCGGGAGGCGAUGGCCCGUACCAGAGGAGUGCCAUUCUCCAUGGACAAGGUGAUCUUCAACCACCCACGAAGAGGCAGAGUAGCCAGGCAGCCGGAGAAGGGAUCAUCAUCUUCUUCGACAGCCGUCCGGACCAGAAGCACCUAUGGCAACUUGAGAGACAUGGCCAAAAACUACGUCAGAUCUUUCAAGAAAAGGGGCUUCAAGGACCUUGUUGACCGACUCGUCCGCGACCCGUUCUUUCAGUUCAAUGCGGCGAAUCAAAACUUGGUGCCGGAGGCCUUGCUCUUCAUUGAGCGUUUGGCUGGCUGCGUGAGCCCGACCAUUGAGCGCACCAAAGCUCAGGUUCUUGGCGAAAAGCUUGAGAUGGCCACCAAGUUGAUCUUUGUGCCAUCGUCGGAGCGGGAGCCCGACCAACCCUUGGAUCUUCACACCGAGGUGUUUGUGUCGCAUCGGGGCGUCUUUCUCGACAUUGGCCAAUUCGCAGUCUAUGUGGCGAAGUUCAUCAAGCCAAGGCAAAGGCCUCUACCCAUUGUUUAUGGAUGGGGCAAUCGUGACUUUGUGCCUGAUGCUUCAGAUGCCAAGGAGAUCGCGAAGGAAUUGGUGGAGUUCAGCAAGCUGCAAUGGUCGAACUUUGCCUCCCAACAGACGCACAAGGAGUCUGAAACCAUCGGCGACGACCGGGAGGUCAGUCUUCCUCAUGCAAGUGCAGCCAUCAGCCGACCUGAACAUGAACGACCCCAUCACGAGCAAUUUGAGCCAAAUCUUGGCAAGCCUGCUCGCGGCGGUCCUUACGGCCAAGGCGGUGGUGGAAAAGGACAUCACAAAGGUGGAGGACAGACCAAAGGAAAGGGGCAGCAGAAGGGGAAGGGCAAGCAAGGCAGAAGCCCACCGGGAGGUGUGGCCUACGGUGACUUUGAAGGAGAUUCCUACUGGGUUCAGGGCUACCGCUACACGUGGUACUGGAAUCAACAGCGAGGCUGGUACUGGCGCUGGACCUGA